GAAAAAAAUUAAAAAUAAAAAACGUGGGUAAAAACUUUGAUCUGUGAAACAACAGCGCAUUUAUAGACAUCGUAAUACCCAUUGAGCUGUCUUUACACCUUUCCUCACCCUAAUCUCCACUCAGUAGACUUUUUCACGAUGGCUUCUAGAGGGUUUUCCAAGGCUCUUCGUAGCCAAUUGGCCCGUCGAGUGGCUUCGCCCGCUGUCCAGCAACGUUCUUUUGUUGCUGCGUCCAACAUCGCCAGAGCCACUAUCAAGGCUCGUCCUGCUCUGGCUGGUGCUGCCCAGCAGCAGGUUCGCGGUGUCAAGACCAUUGACUUCGCUGGAACCUCCGAGGAGGUCUACGAGCGUGCCGACUGGCCUAAGGAGAAGCUCUUGGAAUACUUCAAGAACGACACUCUCGCCCUGAUCGGCUACGGUUCGCAGGGUCACGGUCAGGGUCUUAACCUCCGUGACAACGGCCUGAACGUCAUCAUCGGUGUCAGGAAGAACGGCCAGUCGUGGAAGGAUGCUGAGCAGGAUGGCUGGGUUCCCGGCAAGAACCUCUUCGAGGUCGACGAGGCUAUCUCCAAGGGUACCAUCGUCAUGAACUUGCUCAGUGACGCUGCCCAGAGCGAAACGUGGCCUGCUAUCAAGCCCCAGUUAACUAAGGGCAAGACUCUGUAUUUCUCUCACGGUUUCUCGCCUGUCUUCAAGGACAUUACCAAGGUUGAUGUCCCCAAGGACAUUGACGUCAUCCUCGUUGCCCCUAAGGGCUCUGGCCGAACCGUCCGAUCGCUCUUCCGUGAAGGUCGGGGUAUUAACUCCUCCUACGCCGUCUUCCAGGAUGUCACUGGCAAGGCCGAGGAGAAGGCUCAGGCCCUCGGUGUUGCUGUUGGCAGCGGAUAUCUCUACAAGACCACCUUCGAGAAGGAGGUCUACUCGGACUUGUACGGUGAGCGUGGCUGCUUGAUGGGUGGUAUCCACGGUAUGUUCCUGGCUCAAUAUGAGGUUCUCCGGGAACGUGGCCACAGCCCCAGCGAGGCCUUCAACGAGACCGUCGAGGAAGCCACUCAGAGUUUGUACCCUCUGAUUGGUGCCAACGGCAUGGACUGGAUGUACGAGGCUUGCUCUACUACUGCCCGACGAGGUGCCAUCGACUGGACCCCGAGAUUCAAGGACGCUCUGAAGCCCGUCUUCAACCAGCUCUACGACUCUGUCAGGGAUGGUACCGAGACUAAGCGAUCUCUCGAGUACAACAGCCAGAAGGACUACCGACAGAAGUUUGAGUCUGAGAUGGAUGAGAUCCGCAACAUGGAGAUCUGGAAGGCCGGCAAGGCUGUGAGAUCUCUCCGACCCGAAAACCAAAAAUAAGUGUAUUUGGCGUUAAAACUAAGAGUAUCGGAACGGUAAAUUAAAAGGCGGUGUGGCAUAUUCCCCGGGGGCAAAGGGAGCUUUUGUACUUAUAUUCGGGAUCCCCUAAUGUCGUCUCACGAAGAUCUAGGGAUAUUCCCCAAAAAGUGUUCCUAGUUGAAUUUUCAAUGAAGCUUUUAAAAUCAA